AUGUCCCGAGCACUACCACCUAUCAACACCAACGCUCAGAAAAUCAAGGGAAAAGAUAAACUCAAAAAAAUCCUUGAAGCCAUCGCAAUGCAAAUAUCUUCUUCCGAAGACGAAGAUGACACUACACCCAAGGAUACACAAGACGACAACCCAUAUGGCGGUCCAUUAUCUCAAGAUCCUUUCGAAAAUUAA